CAUGGGCCACUGGCAAUGACAGAAAGAGGAUUUGGAGACUAUAUGAGGAACACUCACAAGAAGAUCACGAACUGCCCCGGUGUUGUGCCCCUGACUCGGCCUCUAGUGGGAGCAGUAGGCGGUGCAGCAUGGCGGGCCUCUCCGCGCUGGGACUGGUCCUUUCGCAGCCAUUUUCUGUCCAACCACACGGCCGUUUGCAGACGCGAACCAACCAGGACUUCAUUGCAGAUGGACGGAGACAGCACAACCACCGAUACAUCACAGUUGGCUAUAACGGGCGAUUAUAUGACCGGUGGCCACUAUGUGCUACAAACGCAAGAGGAUGAUGGUGAAGAAAGUCUUCAUGACCAUGAAGAUGGAAAUGGUUGCAAAGACAACCUCAGAGAGCAGGAUAUCUACCUCCCCAUUGCUAACGUAGCCCGUAUCAUGAAGAACGCCAUCCCACAGACAGGAAAGAUUGCAAAAGAUGCAAAGGAGUGCGUACAGGAGUGUGUGAGCGAGUUUAUCAGCUUCAUCACUUCGGAAGCCAGUGAGAGAUGCCAUCAAGAGAAGCGAAAGACUAUCAACGGUGAGGAUAUCCUGUUCGCCAUGUCCACACUGGGUUUUGAUAUGUACGUGGAGCCGCUCAAACUUUACCUGCAGAAGUUCAGAGAGGCAAUGAAGGGUGAAAAGGGAAUUUCAGGAGUGCCAGUCACAGAAGGCCUGAGUGAAGAACUUACAGAAGACAGUUUCACAAAUCAAUUACCUGCUGGAUUGAUCACAACUGAUGGCCAACAGCAGAACGUUAUGGUGUACACCACUUCAUACCAACAGAUCCCUGGUGUUCAACAAAUCCAGUUCUCAUGACCUGGAUCAGCUCUAGACCAUGCACUUGUCCACAGACUGCUCUCUCACUCUUGUAAAGAUUUAUCGAUGGUUUUUGGAGGAAAAGGUUUGAGAGUUGUGAGCAGGAAAAGAAGAACCUGCUAGCAGAGAGUCUGAAUUUGUACAUUUUCUUAGUGAUGUCUGUAAUUCCUGCAACAGUCAUUUGUUACAGUUAUAAAAUUCGUGUUAAUUUUAAAACAGUCCAAGGUCACUUUCUCUGAGGGAAGACUGCUAAUCAUUUUUGUAAGUUUUCUGUCCCAUGUAUUUGUUAGUUUUUAAAGAUUUGUGAAUGGGCAAAUAUGAGGGUAGGGAGGGUUAAUACUGGGUUUACACAAUGUGAUUCUCAUUUGCUUUCUGUUUGAAUCAUGUAAGAUAAUUUAACUUCAUGUUGGUUGUCAGUUUCUUGUUGAUUCUUAAAAUAAAACAAAGGAAAUGCA